AUGCUCUUCAAUCUCGCCACUGUGAAACACGCCUUCGACAACGCUGCUGAUGGCAAGCACUACCUCAACCAUGAUGACCUGGAGGUGUUUUUUAUUGAACUCUUUGGUCAGCGGCCAUCCCAACGUCUACUGACCCAGAUUUGUAACUCCUUUGACGUCAACUCGGCUGGAAAUCCUGUGGGCCUAUCUCUACCCAAAACCAUAGAAUUUUUGAAAAGCGAAUUGAGCUGCAAUCUGGCCUUGAGAGAGGGACCCAGAGAUGAUGAAUUGCUAUCCAUAUUUCAAGCACUUGAUUCCAGAGGCAGCAACUUUAUCACCCUGAAGGAUCUUGUUGGAAGAGCAAAUUGUCGAGUGCUACGAGGUUGUCUGCGUUUUGCAUUCAGAUCAUUCGACACCGAUGGGGAUGGGCGUGUCUCAUAUCGCGACUUCAUCGAAGGGAUUCAAGCAGGGCGCACAGCGCAAUCCUUUGGACUCUAA